AUGUUUAGCAGCAGAGAUACCAAAGCCGACGACGAAAAACACAACAACCUUGGCGUGAAUGACCAGAAAGACGUUGAGCGUCAGCAAGAUGACAUCACCCGUGUCGUCUCUGCUUCGUCGCAGAUCAACACGAUCGAUGGGGAGACUGUUGUCGAUGGUGUAUGGGGUACUUUGGAAGAAGAUGCUCCCAACUAUCGCGGUCUUGGCUGGAUCCGAGCGAGUGUCUUGCUGGUCAAAGUUCAAAUCGGUCUCGGUGUACUGAGUAUCCCAGCGGCGCUCGAUGCCCUUGGUCUCGUUCCUGCUAUCCUGAUUAUCCUCGCUGUGUGUCUCGUCAUCACCUGGGCCGACUACAUUGUUGGUGUCUUCAAGCUGCAUCACCCCGAAGUCUACACCCUCGCGGAUGUUGGUCAGAUCAUGUUUGGUCCCAUCGGUCGUGAAAUAUUCGGCGCCUUCUACUGGAUUCAGCUCGUCGCCGUCGCCGGUGCCGGUCUUCUCGCCUGUUCCGUCGCCUUCAACGCCAUGUCCGAACACGGUACCUGCACCAUCGUAUUCGUCGUCGUCGCCGCCGUCAUCAAUAUCCUCAUCUCUUCCAUCCAAACCCUCGACAGAAUAUCUUGGAUCGGCUGGAUCGGCGUGGGCGGUAUCAUCUCUUCCAUCGUCACUUUGACGGUUGCGGUGGCGGUCCAGGACAGGCCUAGUGCGGCGCCGCAGACGGGACCUUGGGAUAAGGAGGUUAUGAUCUUCAACAACCCCGGAUUCAUUUUGGGUAUCUCGACGUUGUCAAACAUCAUCUUUUCUUUCGCCGGUACCCCCAACUUUUUCAACGUCAUCGCCGAGAUGAAGAACCCCAGGGACUACAACAAGGCCAUGGGUGUCUGUCAGACUUUUGUCUUGUCUUGCUACCUCAUCUUGGGUUGCACCAUCUACCACUUCUGUGGUGAAUACAUUGCGUCUCCCGCUCUCGGUUCCGCUGGUCCUCUCAUGAAAAAGGUCUGUUACGGUCUCGCCCUCCCUGGUCUCAUCGUGUCUUGCGUAUUGAACACCCACUUGCCGGCCAAGUAUGUCUUUGUGCGAGUGAUGCGUAACAGCCGACACUUGUCUGCCAACACCAUCACCCACCGUGUCGUCUGGGUCUCUUGUGUGAUCGGCUCUUGCGCCAUCUCCUUUGUCAUCGCCGAAGGUAUCCCCGUCUUCUCCGACCUCAUUUCCCUCAUUGGUGCCCUCAUCGCCACCCCCAACUCGAUCAUCUUUGAAGGCAUGAUGUUCAUCUACGACCUCCACACCAACCCGGACAAGUACCCCAACCGAAACAAGUGGUGGCACAAGGGUCUCGAGGUGAUGAACUGGGUGGUGAUGAUUGGCUUUGGGUUGUUUGCGACGGUGGCGGGGACUUAUGCGGCGGCGGUCACGAUCCGGGCUGAUGUUUCGGCCGGGUCCACGACUCAGCCGUUCUCAUGUGCCGACAACUCUGGGUGA